UUAGGAGGUGGAUUUUGCAUAUAUGAAGUCGACCCUGGCUUAGCAAUGGUUGGCAUGAAACCCACAGACGUGGCACCAUCUGCUGCAACCAAGUUCUUUGGUGCAGGCACUGCAGCUUGUGUUGCUGAUCUUGUCACCUUUCCCCUAGAUACUGCCAAAGUCAGACUACAGAUCCAAGGAGAAUCUCAAGCAGCGCAAGGGGCCAAUGUGGUGAAGUAUCGGGGAGUGUUUGGCACCAUCACCACCAUGGUGCGUACAGAGGGACCCAGGAGCCUCUACAACGGCCUGGUGGCAGGACUUCAGAGACAGAUGAGCUUUGCCUCCGUCCGCAUUGGCCUUUAUGACUCCAUGAAGCAAUUUUACACUCGAGGCUCCGAGAAUGCUGGGAUUGUGGUUCGGCUCAUGGCCGGCUGCACCACAGGAGCCAUGGCUGUGGCUUUUGCACAACCAACAGAUGUGGUAAAGGUACGUUUUCAAGCCCAGGUGCGUCUGGCUGAUGGUGGGAAGAGAUACAAUGGCACGCUUGAUGCCUACCGGACGAUCGCUCGGGAUGAGGGAGUGCGGGGCCUGUGGAAAGGUUGCAUGCCCAAUAUCACUCGUAAUGCCAUUGUAAAUUGUGCCGAGCUGGUAACAUAUGACAUCAUCAAAGAGCUCAUUCUGAAGUAUGACCUAAUGACAGACAACUUGCCGUGCCACUUCACAGCCGGCUUCGGAGCAGGUUUCUGUACGACCAUUGUGGCCUCUCCUGUCGACGUUGUCAAAACGCGGUACAUGAACUCGGCAGCGGGCCAGUAUGGCAGUGCUAUACACUGUGCUGUCACCAUGCUGACAAAUGAAGGGCCCACAGCUUUCUAUAAGGGGUUCAUGCCCUCUUUCCUGCGACUGGGGUCUUGGAACAUUGUGAUGUUUGUGUCGUAUGAGCAGAUUAAACGAGGCAUUACCAGAGCACAGCAGUCCUGGGAGUCACCGUUUUGAUGGCGAUGUGACCAUCAGUACCACCGUCAGCAUGAAUCAUGAAUUAGAAAAUUCAUUCAUGAAUCUGAAAAUAAGGCCCAUACUGUAAGGCCUGAAGGGAUCUGGACAGCUUCGGGCCCCUUGGACACAUUACCAAGGUGGCAACGUGGAGGCGGAGUCAAAGGGAAAAAGUCCCUUGAAAUAGCUCAC